AUGGAGGAGAACGAACUAUACAAUGCUACAGUGUCGUCUUUCUUUGGUAUUGAAUCAGCAUUUUGGAAUUAUUCUGAUCAUGUCAUCUUGGAUGAUCUUAAAAUGGAUAGCAACUUUAUAUGGUUGUUAUGUUCACUAGUAUCUGCCAUAUCCUGGAUUGUUUAUAUCGCUUAUUAUAAUAGUAGAGUAGCUGGUUAUAUAUUGACAAAGUUGUUAAAUCGAUUUGUUAUUAGAGACGGAUAUGUUAAAGUUGGAUCUGUCAUACUAAGUGCUUUAAGUGGGAAGAUAAUGUUUAGGGACAUAGUUUAUAUCACUACAGAUUAUAGUUUUAGAAUUCAGGAUGGUUGGCUCAUUUUUAGAUGGUGGAGAAGCUAUGUCCCUAAGGAUGUAUCAGAAGAUCUCUCCCAUUCUGACACACGACUAUCAGUUAUGUUAAAUGGUUUUGAAUUACAUGUUUACAAUCGCUGUCAACUUUAUGCACAAUUAGAAAAAUCUUUUGGUCUUACACCACAAAUGUUUGCUGAUGAAGAAUGCCAUAAUAUAAACAGUGACGAUCUGGAUGGAGAAUCUAUAAAUAAUGCAGCUAAUGAAACUCGUCAUUCACAAAUUAAUGCAAUGGAUGUAUCUCGGCAUGUGGAUAACAUUAGGAAGAAGGAAGCUCAUGUGAUUGCACGUACUUGGAGAGACUUGAUACCAGUUAUUAAACUAGAUAUUUGCACAGGAAGACUAGUAUUUGGUAAUCGAUUAGUACCAACUACAUUAUCAAUAACAGUGGAAGAAGCACAUUUUGUAUAUUCUACAAAACCAGCAGCAUCCAGACACGACCAUUUUAUGCAUUUUACCAAGUGCAAAGCCGAGAAUUUUAAAGUUAUCUUGGCCCCCAGCCCAAAAUAUACUGGAAUGGUUGACGAUCCACCUAGAUACAUGGGAGAAGGUUUCGUUGUUUUAAGUUCAAAUAACAUGGAAGUUUAUUAUUACAUGGAUGAACCUGGCGUCGUACCGGAACAUCCUGAGAUGAUACAAUUGGUGAAUGGAGAUAUGGUUGAGGCAAUGCCUCCUAUAUGGGGUAUCGAUAUCAAGUGUGGAAAGGGCACAGAUUUUAGUUAUGGCCCUUGGGCCGAUAGACAACGAGAGCAUUUAUUUAAAUUCUUUUUUCCCAAUGAUUACCAACCAAUGAAGAUUACAAAAUUGCCUAAACCAGGAGAUAAAAGACAGGUUCAAUCAUUUGACAUUAGAUUAUCAACAUUGAAUGAAGCAACAAUUGAUAUACUCUUUAGUAAAAAUAGAGAAACAAAUGCUGUUCAUGUUAAUGUAGGACCAGGAUCAUACUUAGAAAUUACAAUGCCAUGGAUAGUUUUACAAGACGGUUAUACUACAAAGAUAACGGGUCAGCUUUUACAUUUGGAAGCUACAACUAGUCUACAGUAUCGAAGUCUAGUUGAAAGUGAGACCUUAGAAUUUGGAGUAAAGUGUCAUUAUCCUCUUAAGUGGAACGAUCAUCAAGAAUGGACGCUAAAUUUAACUGGAUGUAAAGCAACUGCUAAUUUAGUUUAUUCGCAUAAAGACUUUUUUCAAGAUAUGAUCAAUGAUUGGGCGAGUAAAGCAAGACCCGAUAUUUUACACUUUGUUCCAUAUACUUGGAAAUUUAGUUUACUUUUAAAAGAAUUUGAAUUGAUUACACUGUGUAAUGAAUACAAUUGGAUCGAUUGUUCAUCUCAGAACCAAGAGAAUGCGCACAUCGCUUUUUGCGGGGAGCUUUUUGAUCUCUCAUUUGAUCUUCCAUUUGUAGAUUUUCUACCCGUUACGAUACCUUUGCGUUUCUGGAUUCAAGGAGAAAGCGUUGAUCUUUUAUUCUAUUUGCCGGAAGUUAAUACCAAUCGUAUUAUUUUAUUGGCAUUAGAUAAGAAUGCAAAGAUCAUGACGCGUGAUGGAUCUCAUAAGCACUUACAUGAAUUGAAUAGAGGCAAGAAAUGGAGAAACUUUUGUCAAAAGGAAUCAGGAUGGGUCAACUGCUGGUCUGUACCGAUCGUGGCAUUGAGUAUUAAUUAUACUUAUCAUCUAUGCCCACCGUUAGGCCCUACUCCACAAGCUAAUAUAACAACUCCAGAAAAAGAAGAAAUUCUCUUGUCUCCUAUGCGAAUUCCUAAAUGUAGGAAAUCGCCAGGUUUACAAUGGGCAAGAAGUGGUGCACAAAAGUUUGAUCCGCAAUCCGUAGCGCCUGAUAAAGUUAGUAUAGAACUUGAAAUUGGACCAUCCAUAUUGAUUUUAUAUGGGUCUUUGUUAAAGAACUUUAUGCACUUAAAGGAAAAUUUAUUUGGAGAUUAUCAAAUGUUUACUGAUAUGCAACAAAGUAGAAACACCUCAACAUCUGUAAAUGUAGAAAGAAAUAAAGAUAAAGAUAUACAAAAUAGCAGCAUUGAGGUAUCUAUGGAAGAUGAAGAAAUAAAAUCUAAACCCUUCGAUCCGAGAGAUUAUAGACCAUUAGAAGUGACUGUUGGUGUUACUAUGCAUGACAUUCAAGCACAUUUAAUCAAAAAUUGUAAUGAAAAUGAUCCACCAUGCCCGGUUAUACUUUUAGAACGUUUUGGAUUUGAAAUGAGAAAGGGUUAUAAGGAAACACAACUUCAGUUAUUGCUUUCUCCUGCCAUUGCUUUAGUCACAGAUAACGUAACAAGAUCAAAUAAAGAACAUCAUCUAAAUCAGGGACAUUUAAUGUUGAGUGCUUUGCAACUUAGAGGUCACGCUAUGUUCAGUAAUGAAGGAAGAAGUUUAGAUCAAGAAACAUUGGAGUAUGCAUGGUUGAUUGAAGUGCAGUUAGGCAAAUUAAGUGGGAAAAUUACUUCUCCUCAAUUACAUCAUUUUAUUACAUCAUUAGAGACUUUCUUGUUAAUGGCAAAAAAUACCGAGAACAGUUUACGCCCACCCAAUUUACCUUUUCAUUGCCACCAUGGUCUCGCGCCACUGCAAUGUCCAGAAAGUGAUGUUGAUAAACAUUAUAGGUGUCCAAGUUCUGAAGAUAUAAAAUAUAGAAUGACGAGAUUGUCCAUAGAUGCUGUUGAUUUAUACCUACAAGAAAUAGGUACUGCCAUACAAUUUUGGAUAUCUCCAAUUCGUGUUGCUAGUUGUAAUCUUCACGGACAUCAAGUAAAAUCAGGUGUUACCGCUGUUUUACCUACGAUAUCUAUUCGCCAGUUUGUAUCUGCAGCAGAUUAUUUUGCGAAUACAAGUAAUACUAAUACAACUGGUAGUGGUAGAUCUCAUAAUAACGCAAGCAGUCGAAUGUCAGGUGAUGGAUCAGAUAUAUGGCUUGAAGUAGGAUCAAUAUCUUUGGGUCCAGUUGUUUUAGAAGCCGCGAUUUCUCUUCCAACUCCAGAACACAAUUUGCAUUUAGUACAAAAUAAAUAUUUAAAAAUGCAUGAUGAAGCAACAAAACGUUUAUGGUUUUUAUGGCCACAGGAAAGUGGAGUAAAGGCAACAAAAUGUGGUUGUAUAGGAGGUUGUGUAUUUUUUGGCAAUAACCGGAACGGACCAAGAUUUUUUAAACCAAGCUAUCAUGAUCUUCAAGAUGGUAUUAACAUAGCUGCGUAUAGAAUUCAUGAACCUGAUAAAGAAAAAGGAUUUGGACAAUCUAUUUUGCAUGAUGGGCAAUUAGUAUUCCACACACCACCAUAUAGUUUACAAGAUAUAUCUUUACAAGAUGUAUGCUAUCCUAUGACAGGAUUGAAAGUAACACUCAAUCAAGAUGGUCCACAAACUCUGAAGAAAAGUAUUGAACGUCCAAGGUCUGUGACCGAUCAUAAUAAAGAAGAAAAUAAUAGUACAAAAUUAAACGUUGCAUCUGCAAGUCCAUUAAUAUCUGGUGGAGAUAGGAAAUCGUUGGACAGAAGAUUUUCUUAUACAUCGAUGCGUGGGCCGAAUAUAAAAGAUGUACCAUAUUCUCGUUUGAUUGACGCUAGUCCUGUAGCACAGUUACCACAGAAAUUAGAUUCUGAUUCUAAACUAAAUGUAGAACGCAGUAAAUCCAUUUUAAGUGUACCAGAAAUUGAAACUGCGCCUAAAAGUAGUGUAUCUGAUUCCAAAUUAGCCGUAGAUUAUUUUACUGCAACAGAGAACAUAGAAACACUUGAAUCAAGCAGCCCGCAAUCUUUACCUACAGUCCCAACCGAAUUUAAUCUAUCUACGUCUAUACGAUCGGCUACGAAAGACAGCGAAGGAAUAAAUAUAUCGGAUUCUCAUCAUUCAUUAUAUGCGAGGACAAAUUCAGAAGAACGAUUAAAACAAGAGGUACAACGUACAGUAUCCAUGUCGUCCGAAAAUCACUCGGAAGCAUUUUAUUCGGCUGAUGAAGAUAUGAGUCAUGGAUUAAGUGGAAGUCGAACGUCUAGUUUACGUCAAUCCAUCGUCGGUUCUGGCUGUGUUUUAAAUCGUAGUGAUAGUAUAAAGAAAAAAUUUUCAUCGGACUUAUCUAUUGUUGAGAGCUCUGCUAAUGUAAAUAUCUCGGUGGCGGAUAAAGCGCACACGUUGGAGAGAGCAAAGACGCAAAUAUUAAAUACAAAGAAAAGUCCCAGAAUUAAUAGGAACACUAGUUUUCAAAAUAAAGUUGAUCAAACUGAAAACUGCGGUUUGCAAGAUUCGUCGGAUAGCCAUUCAAUAUCAUCUACUAGUUUUAUCUCUGCUGUAUCCUCACAAGAAGAUGUCACACUUGUAAAUUUACAUAUGCAAGUGAAUAAACCAAUUGUAGAUUCGCCGUUAUUGAUGUCGAGUUAUGUUAGUCACUUAACACAGGUUCGCUGUUCAAAUUGGAAUCAAUCGUCAUUACCUUCGGGUGGUGAUGCAUUUACUACUCCUGUAUUUCAACGAGCGGAGGAUGGUAGAUUAGUUUACGUUGGUGGACGAUAUAUACCAAAACUUGAAACUGUCACGGAAGGUUUUACAUCGUUGAAAAUGGUAACACGUUCCGAUGGUUCACCCGUUGCAAGUUCAUCUAAUAAAACACCUACACAUCCUUACUUGUGGGACGAUAUAUCUCUACAUCAAACAGAAGGUGAAGAUAAUGCGAUGCAUAACGAGGAAGAAUUAUUAGCAAUAUUGCAUGAAACCGGAUUACGCACAACGGUUAUUGUCAAAUUCAAAGGAGAUGUUGAUAUUAUGUUGAGUCCUAUGGUUCUGGAAUCACUUCAACGAUUUAUCGAUAGUAUCAUACCAACUUUGGCCAGUUUACAUCCAUUGACAAUCUUAAAUCAUCUUCACAGCGAAUGUAUAAGCAAAGUCCAGGAUGCAAAUAUUUUAAAACAGGAUCAAAGUUUAUCAUAUUGGAGUCAAGUCCAAACUAGUUCAAAACGAUCUACAGCAGAAAGGAAUCUUAAAAAUGGUCAAGGUGAUGAUAAAUGUAAAAUUGCACUACAGACAAAUGUCUACGAAGAAAGUAUUACGACACAAAUACAAGGCAGUAUUAUUUUACCAAAAUUGAAUCUAACAUUGUUACAAGCAUCUGUCGUUGAAGAAAUUAUCUCGUUCUCUGCAUUAGAAAAUAUUCGGGACUUGACAUGUGUAUCGCUAUUUGCGAUUUGUCUCGAUGAUGUCACUGCUAGAUUCUAUCUAGGAAAACAAGCUCGAGAAGUUGUUCAAACUUUUCAUAAACCGGCUGCAUUACCGAAUCAGAAGAAGGUAAACAAAAUCAGUAAAGCAUUUUUAUCUGGACAUCAAACUACUGCAGUAGUGGCUGACGUGGGAGGAGAAACAGUUUAUAUAGAAACGUCAGAGAAGCAGCAAGAGGAAAUUAUAGUCACUUUAAAUAUCGGCAAAGCACAUUCUCAAUUAAGAAGACUGAGAAAUGAAUCUUCGAUAUUGAAGGAUGCAGUGAUAACUGCUAUACCUGCACAUUAUUCGAAAGUAUUAUUUACCUGCACAAGAAUGACGUCCCCAUUAAAGUGUAUUGAUUAUUAUUUACAUUACUUGAUGGAUGAAAAAGAAAAGCUGAAUAAACAGAUUGGACCACCGCAAGCUACUGAAGAAUUUACAAUGGGAUGUGGAGAAGAUAGAUUAGGGUUUAUUAUGUUUGAAUGUGGUUUUGAGGGAAUUAAAUUGAAAAUAGUAAAGAGAUCUCAAUUUGAAAAAGGAGAAAAUGGUGAUGGUGAUAAAAAAAAUGAAGCUGAAGUAUUUUGCACAGACAGUGUUAAAAGCCAAGACGAAUUAGAUAAUAAUACUGCUGCGUCCACAACAACUGCUGCAGAAACUGAAAUAAAACCGACAAAUGCAUCUGCUGGCACUCAAAUGAAUAUGAGCGCGACAUGCACCAGUCUUACGUCUAAAGUAGCAAAUGGCAAUACUGUAUCAUGCGUUAUUGAAUUAAAAACAGUAUGGUUUAAUUUUGCUGCACCUCCACGUACUCCAAUAACAAGAAAAAUUGAUUAUACAAGAUUAGAUUGGAAUUUACUCAGUACCGCAUCGCCAGCGAUAAAUGCAUGGAUGAAUCCUAGUAACAAAUUUGCAACUCGUAUUGUUUACAUGUUCAGAACAAUGUAUCGAAGAUGUACCGCAAUUGUUGCCUGCCUUAUGGCAGAAGCAUUGGAUGUACAAGGAAUACAUAUGCCUUUGAAGAGUCGUUACGGAAGAUUAACACCUUUAGCGAAAACGUUGCAGGAAGAUCCUUCUUGUCAGUUAUGUAGUAUAUUGCAAAAUUAUGUUUUUUUAUCUGAAAUCAUAAAUAUUGAGACUAACUUAAAAGAAUCGGAUCUACCGCUCCUUUCUACACUCCGACAAGGUGUCAUUGUAUUAAGUAGGCAAUGGAAGAACAUACUUUAUACGCCAUUAUUAUUGGAACACAAUUACAAAACUAAACAUGUUAAACCAUUAAACGUUACAUUUGCCGUGUCAGAUCCUGAUGAGCAAGUAAAUAAGACAGAAGUGGAGGAAGAAAUCAAUGUGAAAAGGAGUAAGAAUCCUUCAAUAAAGAAUAUUUUUAUAAAAUUUAAUCUGUUGACUGAUGGGGAGGGUAGUGCAGGAGAUGUUGAUGAUCAGGAAGUAACAGAUGAAUGUGCUAUGCUCAUCCAUACGGACCAUAUGCAUAAACAUACACAUAUCAAAGGCGGACAAGACAAAACAUCAGGUAUGUGUGGUGAUGGUUUGACGGUUCCUGUAAGCUCUCCUCGCGGGAAAGACACGACUCCUAUAGCAACACCGGUUCCAGGCCCGGAUUCAUUUUCCUCUCCCUCUCCACCCGUAGCUCAUCCAAAGAGAGGAAAAACGUUACAACCAACACAAGUGCCUGCUAGUACACGUGCAAGUAUUGUUUUCCCCUUACUCACCAGUGGUGGGUUGUUCAGUCAAACACGAGAACCAAAUAACAUAAGUUACGGAACAUUGAAAGAAGAGAAGACUCCACAAAUUCAUAUUUCACAUUCACAUCAACUUGGUUCUAAUCCUAGCAUUUAUUCUGGAGGUCCAGGUCAUGGUAGUCAACAUAGCACUGGAAGUUUAGACCAAGUUACAUCUCCUACAAGUCAUUCUACUAAACCUAUAAAUACAGGGGAAGAUCUGUAUAGCUGGAUGGCAAAGCAGCAAGAAUUUAUAAAGGAUAAUGAUAAAGGAAAUUUAAAAGGAAAUUGGGUCUUUCGUACAGAGCAAAAAUCUACAAAGGAUUCAAAAAUUAACACUAUGACUACUGACGACACUGAAGAUUCUGAUAUACAGAGUGGUGCUUUCCUGUAUCCAAUGAAAGACUCUCUAAGAUUAUUGGAUGCACAUUUGAUUUUUGAACCGCUUUUGUCAUCUUUAUCGGUUAUGCCACAACAGAUGUUAUCAGUUAUCGGAUCAGGAAAUGUAAAUAAUUUGUCCUCCUUAGAUUCAUUAGGCUCAAAUUUAUCUCUUGUAGGCAGUAUGGAUACUAUGCGCAUUGACAUAGUCGUGAGCGAAUUUGGAAAAAUAACAGAUAAAAAAAAAAAUAACAAAUGUCAGUCAAGAAAAGGAACUAACUCGAAAUUUCAUCUUGAUAUACCACCAGAGACACCAGCAUUUUUAUGCGAAAGGAUUGGUGUAGAUAUCGAUAUUAAGAAGAUGGCUGAUAUGACAGUAGAUGAUAUGAUACAAAAACAAAAUGUCCUAUAUAUAUCUAGAGGUCAAUUGAAGAAACAUACUAGCACAGUGGUUAACAUUAGUUUAAAUAUUCGUUACAUAAGUCAGCAAGUAAACAUGCCCCUUCUUAGAUUAUUACAUCAAAUAAGUAACAUGUAUCAGAAUGUUAAAGAGACACAGAUGGAGUUAAAGGAGCAACAGCCUGAAGGAAAACGUAACACUAACAUAAUUAAUGUUAAUGAUAACGUUGCAAAAAAUGGCUCAUCAUCGACAUCUGAUCUGCAAGAACAGUUCCUUACUGGCAGCAAAAAGAUUGAAGCACCGUUGCUUCGUAGCAGUUUUGAACCGAAUCAAUCGAAAGCGUUACCAGGUGCAACUGUGCGCUCUCGGCCACAAAGUUUUGCACAAAAAUUACGAAGCACUGGCAAAAGUGUAAAGGGCUAUAUUAAUUUAAGUGAAGGUGUUAUCACGCCCAGUUUUGGAGCAAGCCCUAGUGGAUCUGGUUUGGAUAAAUUCCCGGAUACAUGUAAAGAUAGCGCACACUUAACGCCACGAUGUUGGAAAACUAUAUACUACCUUUUGGAUUUGUACGCAACUCGUCCGGAAACUAAAACUAUUACCCAUCGAUUUUCGAUAUCUGCAGAUGCAGCGGAACAUUAUAAAAGUGGAAGAAAGUAUGAAAUCUUGAAUGAAACCAAAGAUGUUGAUAUUGAAAAAGGAUUAAAUGCUGAAAAUAGUUCAACGCCAAUUCCUCCAUCAAGAGAGUUAAAUAUUGUAACAGGUGAAAGAACAAGGCUAAUUAUUUUUGGCGUUGCACGAAUCCAUAGAACCAGAUUAUUAGCUACUUUAAGUGGCUUAAAACUUGAAGCAGAAAUUACUAGUCUACAUUCUAGUCUAACUUGCCGUAAGAAAUCACGGCCUGCGAGUUUAGAAUGUAGUAUGACUGGACAAAUCGGAAGAACCAUGAUUGUUUUGUUGGAAGGCGUUGCCCCUAAUCAACAAACAGUUGUAAAAGUUACUGUUGGAAAAUCACAAGCUCUAUAUUCCAGUAUUACGAGGCGUCAAAAGGACAAGAAUAGCGGUUUAUUGACUGUCGGUGCUGUAAAUAUUGAUAUACCGCAGCAUCCUGUAGCAUUGCAUGGAAUGAUGACUAGAGGCAGUAAACAAUUAUCAUCAACGUUACAGGAAUUAAGAGUUACUAGAACAUCAUCAAGAAUGUCGCGAGGACAACAACAAGAUGAUGUAGAUGCUGUUUCAGGCAGUCCACAUCAUUACGCACCUGCUCCUUCGAUAGGCGUAGAAAAACCACAAGCCGUAUCUGGUCUUUUAGAACCUAUUGUUAUGCAAUUCCACAUAAUACUUCAAAGCCUAAGUAUAACUGCGGCAUUGUUACCAUCUCUUCAAGCUCAGUACAAGAUGGAUCAGGUGAAUAGUUCUGGCAUAACAGGUAGCAAGGCUAAAUUUACUAUAGACUUGCCUCAUCAUAAUCUGAGUUUCACGACGAAAUUGCAAGUAACAGAAGCGAACUUACCAUCUGAAGCAAGUAUCGAAUUACCUAAAGUACAUGUUUCGGCCGAAUACAUCCAGGAUGGAAGCAGUAACUUGAAUGAUAGUAAACUAGCAGAUGGUGUUGUAUUAAGACAAGGUAGCUACCUAAGUGCAACUGCAGACAUCGGAAUAUUUGAGCAUUCUUUAACGACGGAUCUUUUAAACCAUUUGGUAUUUGUACAAAAAGUAUUUAUGAAAGAGGUAAACGAGGUAGUACAGAAAGUUUACGGAGGCGAAAAACCAGUACCUUUGUGGCUUGAAGACGACGAAUCAACCAGCUCUACUUUAAAACGAAUUUUAUUUUCACUGAUUAUACGUAUUAAGAGGAUUCAAUUGACUGCAACAACGCCAACAAAUUCGGCAGUGAGGUUAGAAACCGGCGCUGUAGAAUUUCAAUUAUCUAAUAGAGUGCAAAAUGUUUCUGGAGCUACUCAACCUAAUCCCUACAUGAAAUUAUUUGGCAAAGCACAAGUUGAUAUUAAUUUAAGCCUGGGACAAUUACUGAAAAAUGUAUUAUUUGAAGAAGCAGAGCCUGAAUUUCAACAGUUUGCUUUCUUCAAUACUAGAAUAGGACUACGAAAUGCAUUUCAAGAGGAAAUGGCUCAGGAAGAAGACAAGGAAGUAUUUUUAAUUACUCUUAAACGUCCACUGAUUUAUAUACAACCGAUCGCUAUCGAUAAAGCUAUACUCGUUUGGUUAAAUUAUAAAAAUGCAUAUGAAUACUGGAAUGAAAAACGAUCUAAUUUGAAUAAAGAAGUGUUAACUGCUACUCAACAAGUAUUUGAAAAAGUUCCAUUCGGACAACUGACGAGUCAGCUCAGUUCACCUCAUCUUGGAACAUUAUUUUUGCAAUUAACAGUCGAUGAUAUGGGCAUAUGUGUGCCGCUUAAUCCCUUACCACCAAAUAAUUGGAGAUUAAAUAGAGGUCUCUAUGAUGGAGAAUCGCGAGGUGCUGUUGUAGUAACACUUGAAAAUACAAGCAUAUCCGCAUGUAGUAGCGGUAGUUUAGUUAGUAAAGGAAGGUUCGUAGGAUUAUGCUUGAGAUUUGCAGAAGACUUUGAAACUUCUUUGGACGAUUGGAAACCAGAUAUGACCGAUAGUAAUAUAAUGAAUUUAUGUGUCGUAUCCGAAGGUACUUAUGAAGUGUGUAGUAGAACUAUCGCUCAAAAACAGGAUAAAUCUGAUAAUGCUAAAUGGAUCUUAAACGUUCAAUGGCAAAUGGAGGGAGUUGAUAUUCAUCUUGAUGUCAAUGUAGGACAACAGCUGUCAGCUCUUGGACAUACAUUAACGAUGCUAACUGGCUCUGAAGAAGAAGAUGAUAUUCACGUUCCUUUAGAUUAUGACAGCGACGAUGGAGAUCAACCAGAAAAUAGCACUAGCCAGGUUAAGAAAAAAGAAAGCAUAUUAAUGAAAAAAUCAAAAAAUUGGACGGACAGUCUCCCAGCAUUUAUCUUUGAUCCUACUCUCGAUGCGAAGAAGCGAUCACAAUUAAUAGAGAAAGAAAUGAACGAACAAGCAAAAAUUAUAAAUGAUUUGCGAUCAUUGGGCGCUUCGCAUGGGACAAUUGAGCAGGAAAUGAAACGGCUACAUGAAUUAGAAGCGAUGGUAUUCAAAGAUUUUAGAAGGGAUAUGAUUCAAAAGCUAAGAAGACAAUCGGUGAAAGCUUCUGGUAUUAAGGGUAAAUUAGGUCUUGGUAGCAAACCGAAUACAUAUCGUUCAAGAUCAUUUAUUGUACCUUCGCCUACACCAGAACAUCAUUUAGAAAGUCCAGAAGAUCUAAAUACGGAAAUUAAUUCAGCAAAUUCAGCAAGUUACGAAAGCAGUCCUAGAAGCGGUCCCAGUCGGUCAGCUUCUUUGCGAGUAAGAGGGCUUAGCGGACCACGAGUUACUUUUAGUGAUACACAUACAAUGUGCAGGCAAUCAUCUCUACCUAGCGCUAGUUCUGAUUUGAGUUUACCAGAAGGAGGAUUAGAAUGGCCAGAGACUAUUGAGAUCGAAGGAGAACGAGUUGAAUUGAGAAAAAAGAAUAAAGAUAUUAGUUGUACAUCAAGUUAUGACAGUAUGGAGGGAAAUGCACCAUUAUUAGAUUCAUUUGGAAAAGAGCAAGUUUCAUCGACAUCUUCUCCAUUUAUUACCCAGAAAACUCAAGAACCUAAUAUAGAUUUUGAACUUGAUGUCAAAGUUUUAAUUAAUAGCGGAAAAUGCGUAUUACACACAAAAGAUCCAGGGAAAGAAGAUGAAAUUAAACUCUUAAGUAGAAUGAAGAAAGAAAGAUCAUGUUCUGGUGGUACAUUCGAAUUUCAACCUGGUAGUCCCAGUAGCAGUAGAAAACAUUUAAAUAGUAAAGAGAAACCGUCAACAACUAGUACAUCUCGGUUGAAAUAUCUGCAACAUGCAAGUGUGCCUUUAGUAGAUUUAACAAUUUUUCAUAUUCCUGGUUUGGAUGUUAAGGUUCAUUAUGAAUCCAAGACACUUCCAGAAGAAUCAUUGUCUCCUCGCAUAUCUGCUGAGAACAGUUUAUUAAGUCCAAUUACAGUGCUUAGAAAAUCUAGUACUAAAAAAGCCAGUUUGUUUGCUUGGAUGACUCUUCAAAGCAUUCCUGAAGAAACUAUUAUUAGUCCUCAUAUCCUUGAAUUUUUAGAGCAAACCUUAGAACCAAUUCCAAGCAAGAAUAAUUUCCAGAGUAACGUGCAAACAAAUGCUGGCUUUCUGCUAGAAAAUAUGGAAAACACAUCAUGGGCUGCCACUGCUGCAAACAGCAAUUAUGUUUAUGCCAGUUUUCCCGUUGAUGUCAUAGUAUAUUUUCAUAUGCAACCGUCUACAUUUAGAUUUUCAUCUUUACCAGUUUCACGAGUAGAAUGUAUGCUACAGUUACCAUCGCUUGAUAUCGUAUUUUCAUCAAAACGUGCUGAGGAAGAGUUAAUAGAGUUUCGAGAAUUGAAGUCUCAGACAACAGGCAAAGAAAUAGGUUCAGCUAUUGGUGGAUUAUCUGUCACAGGUUGUUUAGCGGAUUUUUCCGUUUAUAUUUUUCAUCCGUAUGGUGGCGGAAAGAAAACAGGUUUAAAAGAAGCACAAUGGUCGCCUUUAUCAGACAGUGAGAGAAAAGAUUCGUUAAGCAUCAACGUCGAAUUUGUCAAAUUUCACUUGUCGAGAAGCAGAAAAUUGAAUUUUCAAAGCGAACAGCUUAAGAAGCUUUCGGAUACUAGUCGUGCUGUUAUACGAUUUUCAACAAUUAUUGAUAUUGGAUCUGCUUCAUUUAAAUAUGACAUGCGUCGACUAACAGAAAUUCUGGCAUUUCCGAAGGCUUGGUAUCGACGUAGCAUAGUGAGACGCUUAUUUCUAGGAGAUUUAAGUUCAGGUGCUGCAUAUUCCGAAGGGGAUGGAAGUCCUCCAUUAAAUCAGGAAGAAGCAGUUAUGGGUAGUUCCUUAUUGAAACAUUAUGAUAGGCACGAUUCAUUAUCAAAAAGUGCAUCUGAAAGAAGUCCUAUAUUAAAUAGAGAAAAAUUGAAAUUAACCUUGGAAAAUGAUAUGCCACGACCUCCACGAUUAAAAGAUAUUGGAAGAGGAUGGAGUUUCACCACAGACAAGCAAGUGUCGUCUGAAGUCAAAUUAAGAGAAUCCGCGUGGGAAACAUUAGUGUUAUUUGCAGUGAAUUUUACGCGUCUUAAUGUUCAUAUGAAUAUGGGUAAUGUAAUGGGUAAUGUUAGUUGGAUGACAAAAGAUUUCAGAUCGGACGGAAGACUAUCUAUUGGCAGUACGGGACAUAAAAAUUUGUAUAUAGGCAUUGGCUUAGGAGGAUCAAGUUUAGAUGCGAAAGGUGGUAUAGUUGGUGGGACAAUUGAAUUAAGUAGAAUUGAUACUUACAUACAUAUUCGAGAAGAACCUGGAAUAGAACCUGAUCAUACAGUAGGAUUGAAAUUAUUUGCAUUAGAAUUACGAUUGGAUUAUAUGGGAACAAGUGUACUAAUGUCUCGAGUGUCUUCAUUGGAUGUUACUCUUAGAGAUGAAUGGAAAAUUAAUCGUAGUAGCAGUGGUGAUGCUUUCAUGCCAACCCGAAGGCCCGCUAUUAUUUUUAUGCACGGCGAUUUGGGUUGGGAUCAACUACAAGUUAUGAUCAGUAAAUCAACAACAGCCGAUUUAUUAAAAAUGUUUUACAAACUGGAUGAGUUUUUCAGUCAACAAUUUAAAAGUAGCAAACGUGUAUUUAGUUCCUUACAACCAAAGCAUCAAAGAAUGAAUAACAGUAGUAUUAAGAAAAGGCAACAAAAGAAGAAAUCUGCUGUUGAUGGUGGUCCAUGGAGUUUGAACCAGACUGCGAUAUCAGAUGCUAGACAUCAUAGACAUUGGCAAAGAGUAUUAACUCAAGUAGCUGGUCUUCAAUUAGGAAGCUUAAGGUUUUCUUUACCGUCAACUGGUACCGUCCUUGGUGGUACAAUGGAACUUCAUGGCUGUAAUAUUAGCUUAGCAUGUUUCCACGGAAUUAAUUUUAAAAGCAAAAGUUGGGCUUUGUUCUCGUUAAAAGAACCCUGCAUAAGUUUUGCUACAGAAGCCCAAGAAAUCCCAAGUGUUGAAACACCUACCACAUAUGACGUUCACGUCGUACAGACGUUAACCAUCAGUCUAGGACAUCAACAGGAACAACAUGCAAGACAUCAUUCCAUGGCAACAGUGUGUAGAUUAAGUCGAAGCGUUUUAUUUCCACCGCAAUUUAAAUCUCUGCAAGAGUGGUUUCAUUAUGCAUUUGCUAGUAGUGAAAUUGAUGCGGUAGACAGAUUUCCGUGUGUCGAGAGGGACAGAGUGGACACUACAUCUGAUGGUAGCAAUGUAUCACGUGGAAGGAGCACGUCUUCAACGUCUGGCAAAUUGCAAGAACAUUCUCAUACACGAGAAGUAAUAUUUGCCUUGCCUUCAUUGCAGCUUCAUCUAAAAACUGAACAUUUACAAACAGCUAGAACGCCAGAUGUUAUAGGACUUCCUAAGCAUAUUUUAUAUAGCGAAAAACCAUUAGUUGAAUGCAGCUUUAUAACAGAAUUUGAAGAUCACAUAUUUGUUACUGUUGAUGCUGAAGCCUUUUUCUUCCUACAUGAUCUUAUUACGUCAUAUGUGAAAGAAAAAGAAAGAGUGAAUAUGGGUGCAAGAGCACAUAGUCCUGAUCCACAAGAAAGAAAAAAUAUAAAUACAGUUAAUAUAUCUAAUGUAUCUGUUACUGCCGAAGACGAAAAGAAACGUAAACAAUUUGAUCCAGCUGAAAUGUUUAUAAAAGACUGGCGUUCAUAUAGAUGUAAAACGUGGCAUUUAGAACCAACAGUAAGGCUAUUGUCGUGGGCCGGCAAAAGUAUAGAACCUUAUGGAAUCGAUUAUAUCCUUCAAAAAUUGGGAUUUUCCCACGCACGUACGACGAUACCAAAAUGGAUACAACGAGGAUUUAUGGAUCCUUUAGACAAAUUACUCGCCAUUCUUAUGUUAAGAAUGGUAUUAGCCGUUCGUGAAGAACCGUCAGAUGAGCAAAAAGAAUAUAAAAAAGAAAAAUAAUACUAAAUUGACUUUUUUAAAUAAUAUACAUAUGAUCUCGCAAUAGGUAUUACAGCGGUGCAAUAACACGUAAGAAUAACAUAAUUCACAUCAGUGUUACGAUGCGAUAAAGUUUAUGCAUAAAAUAACACA